AUGGCGCUCGACGAACCGACCGCGAACCCGCAAAACGGAGUUCAGAAGAAUCUCGUCCCUCCCCUGGAUCCGGAGCUCUUCCAACCCUCCCCUGAAGCGCUCGACUUUCUCAAGCAGACCGCGUCAAAGGAUGAGCAAGAGCUACGCUCCAGAGUGCAGGAAGCACAGGAAGAAGCAUACGCAAAGUUCCCAUACCCCUGCAUCCGCGGAUAUCACCAUGUCGCCCUGUUCAUGAGCUUAAACACUAUCUACCCUCGUGUGCUUGAGCUCGGAAAGUCGGAUCCGGAGGCCGUGCUACUUGAUAUCGGUUGCUGCAUGGGCACAGAUGUUCGAAAAGCCGUGUAUGACGGGUAUCCCGCCUCGCAGGUCGUGGGAUGCGAGCUUGUUGCGGAGUUUCUCACACUUGGGCACAAGCUUUACCGAGAUGAGGAUACCUGCAAUAUCCGGUUUAUCCAGGGCGACAUCUUCGCACUCCAGCUCCCUUCGUCUCUGCAACCCACAACGCCGCCGGUCACUUCAAUCUCUCAGAGUACAUCGCUAGGCGACCUCCUUGGUAGAGCGGCUGCGAUAUACACGGGUGCCUUGUUUCACCUGUUCGACGAAAGCGCUCAGUAUGCCCUGGCGCUCCGGCUGGCGAUGCUGGCGAGGAAAGACAAACCAUCUAUCAUCUUCGGACGGCAUCAAGGUUUACCACAGGCUGGGCCUAUUGAAGAUAGCUUCAUGAAAGCUCGAUAUGCGCACUCGCCGGAGUCGUGGGUGAAGCUAUGGAAAGACGUGUUCACGUCCGUGCGCGGAGAAGGGUUCGCGAAGGAGCACGUUCUGGUUCAGGCCGAGUUGAAGCAGAGCAAUGCCGGUUCGAGUUGGCAGGCCAUCAACUUCGCGAUGCGUAGCCAGCAUGGGGUGCUGUACUGGAGCGUGGAGAUUUCUCCGUAA